AUGAGCGCAACGGAGGCAGAGACUCAGGUCGUGACCGCCCCAAAGAAGAAGGAGAAGAAGUUGAAACCGGCGCGUAAGCAGGUCAAGCCAGGGGAUGUCGAGAAGAAGGAGGCACCGCAGACUGGAAAGGAGUAUAAUAUCUGGUACAACAAGUGGGCUGGUGGCGAUCGUGAGGACAGCUACUCCAACAAAACGAAGUCCCAGACGCGCUGCAAUAUCAAGCGUGAUGCUGGUCUGACACGGGCAAAUACCACCGGGGUCAAAUACUGCUGCCUGUUCUUCGCCCGCGGAUGCUGCCCGUACGGCUGGGAAUGCGAAUACCUCCACAUGCUCCCCGACGCGUCUACUGCGCUGCCUGACACCUCGAAGGACUGCUUUGCACGAGACAAGUUCUCGGACUACCGAGACGACAUGGGUGGUGUGGGCAGCUUCCAGCGGCAGAACCGCACGCUCUACAUCGGUCGGAUAAAGGAGACGGGCACUGGCGUGGAAACAGAGGAGGUCGUUCGGAGGCAUUUCAAAGAGUGGGGCGAGAUCGAGAAGAUCCGUGUCCUCCAAUACCGCAGUGUCGCGUUCGUGACAUACGUGUCGGAGUUCAACGCGCAAUUCGCCAAGGAGGCUAUGGCAUGUCAGUCACUAGACAACGACGAGAUUCUCAACGUCCGCUGGGCGACCGAGGAUCCUAAUCCCACCUCGAAAGUCGCGGAGAAGCGACGGCUGGAGGACCUCGGUCGGGAGGCGAUUCAGGCGAAGAUGGACCCCCGUAUAAUCGAUGCAAUGCAGGCUAUGCGUGCAUUGGAGGAGGGACAGGAGUACGACCAGGAUGACGAUGCGAACGAACAGGAUGAGCGGGGUCUUCUGAGCUCGGACGCCCUUGAGGGUCUCAAGUACUUCGCUGAGAUCCGACGGAAGAAUGGCCUUGGGUCUGCGGCUGCCCCUCCCAAGGCAGUUGCUGCCCCACCACCAUCAGGAGGGCUGGGUCUGGGAGACUAUGCGAGCGACGAGGACGAUUAA